CCUCCCUCCUCCUCUUCCUCUCCCUCGCAGCCUCGCUCUCCUCUCCCGGCCAGCUGCCUUCAGCGGAGGGGGCGAGAAGAGCGCAGAGCCCUCAGCCGCCCUUCUCCCUCCCCGCCGGCGACAAGCGAUGGGCGACAUCCCCGGCCUCGUGAAAAUCAGCGUCUCCCUCAAAAUCCAGCCCAACGACGGGGCGGUGUAUUUCAAGGUGGACGGGCAACGCUUCGGCCAGAACCGCACCAUCAAGCUGCUGACUGGGGCCAAGUACAAGAUCGAGGUGGCCCUCCGGCCAGGCACCGUCCAGGCCACGACAAUGGGCAUCGGGGGCGUCAAUGUCCCACUGGAGGAGAAAUCGAGGGAUGCACAGGUGGCCUCUUACACGGGGAUCUAUGACACGGAAGGGGUGCCCCAUACCAAGAGCGGGGAGAGACAGCCCAUCCAGGUCAACAUGCAGUUUAACGACAUUGGCGUUUUUGAAACAGUCUGGCAAGUCAAAUUCUACAACUACCACAAACGGGAUCAUUGCCAAUGGGGAAACAGUUUUGGCAGUAUUGAGUACGAAUGCAAACCAAAUGAAACGCGCAGUCUUAUGUGGAUCAAUAAAGAGUCCUUCCACUGAAGAGAUGUAAAACCAAUACUGCUGGACAAUCUCCCUAAAGAAAAAAAAAAAAUCUACCUUUUUAAACCAGCAAAAAGCCUUAACAAAGGCAUACCGUAACGUUGCUUUGUCCCAUAAAGUUCCAACAACUACGUUGUAUAUACAGGUGGUGCCACGAAAAUCUUUGCCUAUUACUGUAUUUUACGUUUACCAUGGCAUCUGCAACAUUCUUUAUCUGUCACCCUGAGAAUACUGAAAAGUUCAUGGUAAAGAGUAUUUGAUAGCUGGGUAGAAAGUCAUACCAUCAUAAUACUGUCAUAAGUAUUUGAAUUAUUCUCCACUAAAUGGUUCUACUAGACCUAACAACUUUUGUGAAGUGUUUUGCUUUAUUGCUUAGAAUUUGGAUGCAACAUCACAUUGGUGAUUU